GUCGAUUUUUGAGUCUUUUCCGGCCUUGAUUCGAGUCAUUUUGGUUCGUUUUAUUAUUGACUUUUUGUCAGAGUGCUAAAAAGACUGCUUUGAAAAUUAGUCGUGUGGCCUGUGCGACCAUCCGUUCACCGUUGUGGCUGUGAUGGCGGAGGCCGUGCACCAGACGGACACCGCCUCCUCCAAACCCUCGCUGUUCGAGCUGAUGGCCGCAGAUGGGCUCUUUUCGUCCCUUCAUCCAGCGGUUAGGCAUGCUUGUAAGAUCAUUGCAGCUCGGUAUCCGUCUACACAAACCUGGCUGGAGCGCCACUUUGACGAACUUUUCCUGGUUGUCAACGCGCUCUUCCAGAGGCAUUACCUCUUCACAUAUGCCGGCUCCCUGGCCGAGAACUUUUACGGCAUAAAGCGGACGCCGGUGUCCGGUGGCGACGGCAGGGCCGGCCUGCGCCUGCUGCCCGGCGAGGUGUACCGCAGCCUCGUCUGGCUCUGCGCCUUCCCCUACGUCAAGGCCAAGCUGGACGCUCUGUUCGAGGAGCUGGAGCAUCAGGAGGCCAGCGGUGUCCGCCCGGAACAGGAGUGGCGGCAGCGGGCGCGCCAGCUGGUGCUGCGACUGUAUCCUCCGGUGCACGCGACGUUCUCGACGGCGGUCGCCUUCUGCUACUUGGCUUACAUGUUCGACAAAUGCGGCUACCACUCGCCGCUGAGCUGGCUGUCUGGUGUGCGCCUGGAGACGGUGACGGCCGACGACUGGCGGCUGGCUCGAGAACGGGACGACAAACUCUCCUCCUGGACUCGCCUCAGAGCUCGCGGCCUGCCGGCGGCGCUGACCCUGUACGGACUGCACGCCACCACGCGGCUGGCCAGUCACGCGCUGCAGGUGGGCUCGUUCCUGGUGCAGUUUCUGCAGUGGUGGAGCGGCGCCGGAGACCGGGACGGUCGUCGGCUGGGCGCGGCCGACGUCGCACCGCCCGACUGCCGCCCGCUCGCGCAGGGCGAACCGGAGGCCGACGGACGCUGUCCGCUUUGCGGCAGGACACGCACCAACGAGGCAGUGCUCGCCGUGUCCGGGUACGUGUUCUGCCACCCGUGCAUCUUCCGGCACGUCAGUGAGAAGGGCCGGUGUCCAAUCUCGUGGUACCCGGCCAGCACGGAGCAGAUCUACCGACUGAGCGGUCCCGGCGACGACUGACGCGCCACACCGCCGGCCUCCGCAGAGUAGGACGCUUUCCAUAAUCUGUGAUAUUGUCAGCGUCUCCAUUAAUUAGGGGUCCGUACAAAAUAUGUGAUAGGUUGAAUAAUUGGUGCGAAUUAGCCUGCUACAUUGUGCGGCAUGAAAUGGGGAUCAGUAGCUGCUGCGUAGAACUUUGGUCUUAACAUUCGUAAUACCGUAAUGUGAUUUUCCGAAAUCAUUUAUAUUCUCCUCCCUUUAUCUGAUUUGCGAAACAACUGGACAGAUUUUCAAAUUUAUGUUGCCACAGGUUUUGAUGACUGCUCCAAAGUAAUGCUUGUUAAAUAACGAGCCCCAACCGACCUCUGGAAUAUUCAGUCGAGCACGCCCGGCUUAGGCGGGGGGGGGGGGGGCAGAUCAUGCCCCUGGUCUUAUUUUCGAACUGAGGCCUCUUGCACCAAACUACCUAGCUGGGUAAAAUCGAAAAACCGGUUUCAGAAUAAGCUAAUCUAACGGUGGUAAAUUUGUUUACAAUAGCCCGAUACAUUGUCCUACAUGUGCUUGCUAAAUUUUGCACGCAAAUUGUUACAUUUGAGACUUGGACUGGGUAUACGAUGCAAAAUAAUCCAAGCAUUGGUGCAAGAGGAUUUUGGUGCAAGAGGCCUCGGAUGUUCGUAAUAAUACGGAAAAGGUAAUUGCCGAUCUUCUUAUCCCCGGUGAACUUAGACCACGCGGAGGUCUGCCUAGUUGGGCCUGUGUCCAUAUCCUGGUGAGCGCAUUCAGGCGCUGACGGCUGAAGCCGUCCCCCACUUGUGCCAUGCUUGUGGCGGAGAUCUUUGGAAGGUCUGCUGCUGAGGAUUCCGUCGCCUUGACGUAGUCCUCGACGUCCUCGAUAGCUUGUCGUGUCGUGUUCUUUGAGAUCGACUGAUGAACUGCAUAUGCGGACAUUUACUUAUGUCCUGCUUAGAAAUAUUUUAUCGUGAUUCGCUCUGUCAUAGUAUGUAUUCUUUGAGUUUACAGCCUUCAGGAGAGCACUGAGCAGUGCAAACAUUCAUCAUUUCAGCAUAUAUGCAUCACAACAGUAGGUGAUGUAAGUAGGUAAUCAAUAAUCACUGCUAGGUUGAAUUGUACAAUGUACCUACACCUAGCCAAGAUUUGCUCUGCAAAUGACCUUCAAAUGAGAAAAUACUGCAUAUUGCUCGUGUUGUAAGCCGGCGCCGACUUCGGUCGCCGCCGCUUCACCGGCGUCGAGCUGGCUUGGGGCGAGCCCUUUGCCGCGCCGCCCGAGCCCGUGUGAGGGAUGAUUGUGAAUUGUGAUCUCGUUGUUGAUUUUGAUGGGCUGUCCGCUCUCAUGAUGCCUUUUGGGCCGCUCUCAUCCGACCCACACCUCUUCCUAACAUAUUCAACUAUACAUAUUCAACUAAAACAUUAGACUGAUCUUGAUCUUGUAUUAGCUUACGGGCCUCCACAAAAAUACUUGUAUAUGGGCCCAGUACAUUGGAUUAGGGGUAUCAUGGGGUAUGUAACAAGAUGUGUCUAAUUCAUUCAUAAAUGAAACUCGCGCACCAUUUAUGGCGACAAAAUCCGCUUCCAUAUCAUACGACCUUGAACUCUAGUGCUGUCAUAAACAUGGAGGUGCAAAUUAUAAUCA